AUGGCCAACGACCUCGAGCAUGGAAGUCAAUUAACGUUCUCAUCUACCUACUCAACAACCAUCCAAGAUACCUACCAGCAGUCAACAAUGGACGCAGCCAUUGAGAACAUCAAACAGCUCGCCAGCGAGGCAGGCCACAGUGCCCGACAGCCAAUCAUUCUUGCUCUGACCAAGCUCAUAUACUCUCUGGAGACUCCUGAUGACACAGUCCAGCGUAUUGGAGGUCUUCCUCUUCAGACAUCUGUUGCCCUCACGGCCGUUGACCUGGGCCUCUUCCGGCUCCUUGUUGAAGCCGAAGCAGGGUCCACAGGGUCCCUGACUUUGGCCGAGCUUGCGGCAAAGACGGGCGCUGAGGCGGCACUUCUACUCCGACUUCUUCGCUAUCUUGCCUCCAUCGGACUCGUCGACCAGGUGUCAAAGGACGCUUUCAAGGCAAACCAUGGCUCCAGAAACAUGACAGCCAAGGUGGCCGAAUCGGGUCUGAGGCAUUACUUCUACACCUGCUGCCCCGAGUAUUUCGCCCUCCCGGACCAUCUCAAGCGCACGGGCUACAAAAACGCCAACGACGAGACGCAAACGGCCUGGCACGAUGCCUUCAAGACCGACAAGGGCCCCUUCACUUGGUUCGCCGACAAACCGGACAACAUGUCCUACUUCAACGACUACAUGGCCUUCCGCCGCGGGCCCGAGCUCGGCUGGCUCUCCGUCUACCCGGUCCGCGAGCAAGUCCCCGAGUCCUGGCCGGCAGACCGGCCGCUCUACGUCAACAUCGGCGGCAACAUCGGGCACCAGUGCGCCGAGUUCCGCGACAAGUUCCCGGCCGAUGUCCUCCCCGGCCGGGUCAUCCUGCAGGACCUUCCGCACUCCAUCGCGGCCGCCCUUGCGACGCCCGGUGUCGAAAAUACGGUCCAUGACUUUUUCAAGCCGCAGCCCGUCAGGGGGGCCAAGUUUUAUUUUUUGCGGGGCGUGUUCCACAACCACCCGGACCACAAGGUCAAGCUGCUGCUGAAGCAGACAAUGGACGCGAUGACGGAGGAGUCGAUCAUGUUAAUUGACGAGAUCAUCCCCCCUGCGAUCGGCACAGGGCUGGACGCGGCAGCUCAUGAUAUCACGAUGCUUGCGGCGUUUGCUGGUGCCGAGAGGUCCGAGGAGCAGUGGAAGGGGCUGUUUGGGGAGGUUGGGCUGCGGUUGGUCAGGACAUAUGUGUACAAUGAAGCUAGUUAUGAGAGCGUGAUGGAUGUUCGGUUGCUUUGA